UUGUGAGUGCGUGUGUGUGCUUGUGAGUGCGUGUGUGUACUAUGUAUGGGGAGCGGUAGUUUAGCGGUUAGCGCUACGCUGCGCUACGAACCCGGAGACCCGAGUUCGAUUCGCGCUCACGGCCAACGCCAAUGACGAUUAUCCGAACCGGUCCUGGGCCUCCUCUAGGUUGACCCAGUAGCAAAUGAGUAGCUGGUGCGGUUUGUUAUAAUAAUCGCCACUGGGGAGACAAAGGCGGCUAGGCGUGGUGCUGGCCACCCACCCCCGACUCGUGUGCCGUGCCGGCCUUCAUAGGUGCUACUCGCUAACAGCACUUGCCCCUACAGUCUGGUAAUCCUAUACGGGGGGUCUUUGCCUUUGUGUGUACGUCUGUGUACGCUGUGGGGAGCGGUAGUGUAGCGGUUAGCGCGCUGCGCUACGAACCCGGCGACCCGAGUUCGAUUCCCGCUCACGGCCAACAUUAUAAUCUGAACCGGUCCUGGGCCUCGCUUAGGUAGACUCCGCUUCAAAUGAUUAGCUGGUGCGAUGUUUCAGUUUUAUUUAUGAGGUAUAACCCUGUGCGCCAUGUGGCUCUUGACUCGGGUGCGACCGCAACAAACAAGAACAUGAACAAGAAACAUCUUAAGGUGACUACACGCAACAGCAAAAUCCAGGAAAAAACAGCAAAGUCUUCCAGAAAAAGCACCGCAUUUCAACGCUGUGUGCAGAAAUCCCAGUGGGAUGCAAGUCAAACAAUAACAACUAUAAGACAAUGUAGAUUAAAGUUAUCAGGCUAACUCUGUACUACAACAAACAAACAUGGCUAAACCAAAACGUUUUCAAAAUCACCAAAUGGUGUGUAGUAAACAUCGCCACUGGAGAGACAAAGACGGCCGGGCGUGGUGCUGACCACCCACUCAUCGGCUUGACCCCAACGUCGUCUCUUGAGCGCCGUGCGUGUGAUUGCGUGUCCCUUGCCGUCACUGCGUGUUCACGUGGGUGUGUUCGCACCGCCGGGGGCUUCUUCACACACACGCAACACGGGCGUGUGUGCACACACGGGCGUGACCACGCAGCCCGUCUCGUGUAUAACACGUCCGAGUCCUACCUUGCUCUCAUUAUCUCUCUCACUCUCUCUCUCUCUCCCCGACACAAAGAGAUCGCCCCGUCUCGACCGACAGCCUCUCUCGCUCACCCACCACGCACGCCCCGGCAACGCGCUGACAUUCAGGGACAACCCCCCCCCCUCCACACCCCCAUCGACAUGUGGAGCGCUACCACCGAGUCGGAGGAGUGGUUCAAGAGGUUCCUCUCGGCCAACCGCAUCUACCACGAGCAGCGCGUGGCCGAGCUGCGUGCGGCCGAGGACCUGGUGUUCCUGGUGCUGGAGCAGGUGACGGAGUGGGACCCGCGCUUCCUCGUCAACUACCGGCGCCCGCACGCCAAGUUCGAGUCCGGCGUGCGCGCCGCGCCCACUCACACCACGAUCCGCGUGCCGCUCGCGCUCGAGCCGCACUCCGUCUCCGUGGAGUGGACGUGCCCGCCGGAGGACCGCUACGUGACGCAGCUGCACUGGCUGCACUCCGAGCCCUCCGGGAAGUCGCAGUGCUACGUGGCGCUGGAUGAUGGCGGCGGCGGCGGUGGCGGUGGAGCGGAGAACGGCGUCACGGGACAGGCCAGCUGGGCGAGCUGCCAGGAGGCCGUGCGGAGGGUGAGCUCCGGCUCGACCCACCUGCUGCCCGGCAUGGUUAUCGACAUCCUCAAGUCGAACGUGAGGAAGGCCAUCAUGCUGCUGCAGCAGGACGGCAAACUCGCAAAAGGCGCCGUGGACGCGUCUCUGCUGGACCUGGACGGGCCCUCGCUGUGCCUGCUCGUGCGGAGCGGCAUGCGCACCAUCACCGUGGCCCUCGUGCCCGUCAUCCACCGCGCCGCGCGCCUCUGGAGCGGCGGCGGCCCCGACGAGGAGGCGCCGUGGCCGGCGCUGGGCCCCGAUAGCUGGCUUCCCCGGGCCACCGUCGAGGAGAUACGCAGCACGCCGCAGGACGUGGAGGCCCACGCGUACUACCACUGGAGCCCCGACUUCCGCGAGACGACCUGCAAGCUGCUGGAGGGGGUGGACGACGACGGGGGCCACCGCCUGGACGCCCUCGCCAUCCUCGACCUCGUCAACCGCAACCACUGGCGCCGCAGGGACGCGGGGGGCAGCAUGCUCACCUUCGCUCACCUCGAGACGGCGCUGCUGUGGGCGCUCGACUUCUUCCCGUCGCCGGACGACUGGCUCCAGCUGCACUCCUCCGUCUACCGCCUGCUGCUCGUGCUGCUGCGCUGCGUAUGGCUGCGCCGCCUGCCCCACUACUUCCUGCCGGACCGCAACCUCUUCGGCGACGUCGGGCGACCCCCCGUGCCCCCCCCGCCGCCAUCAUCGUCCUCUCCGGCACCGUCCUCUCCGCCGUCCUCCUCCGCCUCCUCCUCCUGCUCCUCGUCCUCCGUCGCGUCGCCCGCGGCCGCCGCCUCGCUCGAGUUCCGCCAACUCUACGGCCACCUGGAGGACUUUGCCGACCUCCCCGAGCGCUGCCUCGUGGUGCACGCCACGCAGAUCCUCCCGCGGGACGGACACCGCGUGGACGCCUUCCUGCAGCUGCUCGUCCAGCUGCCCGACCCCCAGGGGCAGUACUGGCGGCAGGGAUACUUCGACGUGAUGCUCAAUCUGAUGCAGGUGUACCACAUCAACGACAAGAAGCGCGUGGCCGCCAUGCAGGAGAUGUGGAAGCAGGCGACAGCAUUGCUGGGCGAGGAGGGGUGGACGGUGUAGGGGUGAGCGGUGCGAGAGGGACGCGUGGACGCGUCGUCGUCGUCGACAUCGUCAUCAUGGGAAACAGCAGAAGAUGGAGGAGGAAUAUCUCAGAGGUCCAGAAGUGGGGAGGGGGGAGGGAGGGCCCCAGGUGAUUCCAUUGAUCUGAGUGGUGCAUUAUCAUUCUUAUUAUCGGGGUUUUCUUUAUCGUGGUAAGCACGCAAGGCCGGUACAACGCGCCGAUGGUUUCCGGGGAGGGGGACAGAAAUAUGAUUAUUGUUACUAUUAUUUGGCAGCUGACAAGAACCAGGUUUGUUCAUGUCCUGGGAAGACGGACAGAUGUCCCCACAGAGCAAGCUGCCUCCUCAACAAGACGGCGAUCUUGGGAAGACCAGGACAGGUGGCGACCAGAAUGGGGGGAAUCUGUCUGAGGCGUUGAGUGCAGGCAGCCUCCAGUAGCGUAGCUAACGAGUAUGAGGACCUACAGUGUUAGGAAGAGCUUCGGGGUGAGCUCACCGUCCCGAUUCAUCUCUUGCUGUGUAAACCUACCACGUUUCUGGGAAGCUCAACCGGGCCAACCGGCUGAGCUUGCAGCCUGAAUCACGUUCAGCCCCGCCUACUUUUACAUAGUCACGCCCACUACUCGGGUAGCCCCGCCCACUACUUAGAUAGCCCCGCCCACUACUCGGGUAGCCCCGCCCACUACUCAGGUAGCCCCGCCCACUACUCGGGUAGCCCCGCCCACUGCUCUGGUAGCCCCGCCCACUACUCGGGUAGCCCCGCCCACUACUCGGGUAGCCCCGCCCACUACUUAGAUAGCCCCGCCCACUACUCGGGUAGCCCCGCCCACUACUCGGGUAGCCCCGCCCACUACUCGGGUAGCCCCGCCCACUACUCAGGUAGGCUCGCCUUGUACCAUGAGAUGGGCAGAACAAUUUGACGCGAGGGGUCAAAAUCUUGACUUUGACAAAUGCUUCUGGGAGUCACAGGGACAGACAUUGCGUCCUGGACAAACCGGGACAUUGGGUAUCUUCGGAGACAAAUAUUCAGGAGUUGCGUAUCAUCAGAAUACAGUAGAACCCAGUACAGUGCACGGGACAUGUCGGUAUUGAGUGUCCCAAGAGAGAGAAAACAAAUAAUCACGUUUAAUUUUGUCCCGCACUUGAUUCGGCUAAAUUCCAGCUCUGAGAAUUAAAAUAUCGAUUUGGCUGUCACGCUACGAACAACACUCUCAAGCGGCAGAGCGAGUGGGCAGCGUGCCGCCCUCUGCUGUUCACGUGCACCAGAGUGUAACUUGAAGAGACCUCAGUUGUGGCUCUGUGAUAUCCUCUUCCAUGUGACCUGCCGAUCGACAGACUGCGGCGUGCCCCACUGGUGUGUAGACGGAGGCGGUGGGGUGGAUUUGAGAGACUUUCCACCCUCGCGCCAACUUCCACGGUGCAGGCGUCACGGCCACGGCAGCAUCCGUCACCUCGGGGACGGCGUUCAGACGCAGAUCGCCGUCAUGGUUUACAGCCCUCGGUCAAUCCGCUGCUGGAUGAGGGCCUCCCUCGAGCCGCGUCGGUCACGGGAGUCGUUUGACCAUACUUCGCCACGCCGGUCGGUGCGGGUUGGUCGAAUUCGAAGCGGCGACGUGUUUGAUUCACACGUUCGGUGCGCAAACCGUUCCGUCACGGCAGCUCCAGUCGUAAAAACAAAAUAAAUCACAGCUUACUGCGGCAACACUUCCCGCCUGGCUCUCAUCAUGGGCUGCUGGCAAAUUAUGCAAACGCGUGCAAAGCCACAGCUGUUUAUUGACCUAACCUUUAGCAGCAGCAGCAACAGCAACACAAAAAAAACUCCCAAAUUGAGUCGAGAUUUAUUUCCCUUGACGGCAUUUGACAUGGCAGAUACAGAGCGGUGACCGAUGGCGGUUUCGGUGGCGCAAACCGCUGUCCCAAAUGUCACGGCGGUUCUUCCUGCCGUGUUGACGCCCGGUUCGGCCGAGGUUAGUGACCCCCGAAUUAUCAUUUACAGAGUCUUUAAAUGAGAAUAUAAAUAAGGAGACAGACGAGCGGACAAUGUAUAUGCCUCCGUCGUGCAAUCCGUGUCUCAGCGUGAAACAGCAAAGUGCUUUCUCAGCCACCCGUCAGCCGCAGGCACGGCCUUCCUUCUGGGAGGGCAUCAUCUCAGCAGCAUGGAUUCGAGACGAGCAAAGCGCCGGGCCAGUUUCAACAAACUGUGUUCUCAUCGGCAGAGUCAGCCUUGCUCGACUCGACGUCGGUGAGCUGCCGAUGUGUCGGGCAAGGACCCCCCCCCCCACCCCCC